AUGUCCAUUAUCAAUAAAAAUACAUUAGUGGGCUUUCAUAACAAAUUUGCUGAUGAUGCAGAUGAAAGCAUUAUUGUGCAUAGAGACUCGCAUAAAAAUGAUCAAAUACAAUUUUAUAUAGUAGAUGAAGAUGACGCAGAAAUCCAGGAAAGGAUACACAUACUCACAAACCCAGAACAGGAGACAUUUUUGCCAAUUGAAAAAAUCAGUCAGUCUAGUAUUGCCAAUAAUGAUGUUGAAUGGAAAAAGUACAAUCCCACAAAACUACAAGAACCUAUUAGUCCAGCAACUUAUUCCACAACCUUGAAGAAAGAUGAAACCAAAGAAAAUCUGCCCGAAUAUGCCAAAUCUACAUCAACCAGCCGUAGAAGACCAACAACUGUAGUAAAAAGCUUAACAUCCUCCGACGUAUCCAAAAAAUAUGAUCUACUCUUAGAUAAAAGGUUGAUGUUACUUCAAGGGCAGUUAAAUCACAUGGAACAAGAAAAUGCUCUUAUAAUAAGAAAAAGAAAAUUAGAAAUCGAAGUGUUGGAAACAGAAUAAUUACUUUUAAAAAAGAAAAAUUUAGAAUAGAGUAUUGUUAUCAAAGAAUUUGACUGU